CCAUAGAAUGGCUGUUGGUGGAUAUUAAAACUCCAGAUAAACCAUUCGCCGGUGUAGCUUAAAUUCUAUACGCGGGUCGAAAAUUUUGUGCGGGAAUCAUUCCAGGUUUACACUUUGUUUGGAGUUCCAUAGACUUAUUUCUAAUCUCAUACCGGAGGUGUAAGUGGUGCAGUUUCAAGGCGCCUUUUACUACAACAACAAUUUUAAACAGCUUAUGUAGGUACUGAAUAGUUUUUGUCAAGGCUAUUUGGUAAACUAAGAUAUUUUGCUUGGCUUCGAGAGCAGUCGAAUCAUAAACAAAUGUAACAAGGGACAUGGGCACAUAUUCUAAAGUUAUCUAAGUUUUUAAUUGUUUUCUACCGGCGAUAACUAUCGUAGAAGACCUUUUAAUUAAGUCUAUUUGUUUCUGGAACAUUUUGUAUGCUUUCUGUUCUGGUUGUGUGUUAACUUAAGAGCGUGCCAUCAAUUCUUGGUAGUAACCAUGCCCCCACAACCGAGUGGUAAAGCUGUUAAGAAAGCAGGAAAAGCCCAAAAAGCUGUACGAACUGGUGACAAGAAACGUAAAAGGAAGAAGCGGAAGGAAAGUUUCAGCAUAUACAUAUACAAAGUUCUGAAGCAAGUCCAUCCUGAUACCGGCAUAUCCAGCAAGGCCAUGUCCAUCAUGAAUAGCUUCGUGAACGACAUCUUUGAAAGAAUCGCUGCUGAAUCUUCCAGACUGGCACACUACAAUAAGAGAUCUACCAUCACUAGCCGUGAGAUCCAAACUGCAGUACGGCUUUUGUUGCCUGGAGAGCUUGCAAAACAUGCAGUGUCAGAAGGUACUAAAGCUGUCACCAAAUAUACUAGUUCUAAAUAGGAGUAUGCCUUGCAAACAAGAGAAGUAUCACAUGAGUAUGACAUUGAAAUAUUCACACUUGUUGAAAGUUGCUCAUUCGAAGGAUUUUCUAACUUUAAUUUUCAGUUUCUUUUUAUGCCGCAGAGAAAAAGUGGAUUUUAAACCGAGUUACUUUCGUUAGAAAGUGCUUUUAAUAUAAAAUCUGUUUUUAAUUUAAAAGAAGAAAUUUUUCAUAAUAUUAGCGCUGUUAAUUGCUAAGUUUCCAAUUUUUUGCACAUGAUGUUAUGAUGUGUAUGUUUGUUAUCCCAACUUUUUUGCUGUGAAGAAAUUUUACAUAUGUCAUUCUUUCAUUUGCUAAUAUUGUAAACUGUUUGCAUGACGAAUUGUGAUAGUCAGUAUAGAAUGAUUAGCUAUUUCAGAUUAGCAAUGCACAGUUUAAAAGGACUUAGAAUGCACCAGGAAUAUUGUUGAAUGAAUAAAUGUGUUUUAGAAAAACAAAAUUUACGUAUGAGUAAUAACUUUUCAACGAAAAAAAAAUUAUAUCUUAAAUAUUAAAUUUAAAAAGAAAUUUUCUUAUGGCAGUAUUUACCAUUGAACAGGUGAGGAAUAAAAUUAGACAAUGUAUCUGUAAAAAUGUGUAUACCACAUUAAUUAUGUCCCUUCUUUAAAACUUAGCUAAAAAGCAACCUUAGAUUAGUGUUGAUUUUGAAUAAAACUUUAUCGACUCCAAAAUCGAUCAGAACAACAAAAUUUUUAGCAAACAGUUUUGC